AUGCGCAUUGCUUCAUUGUUCCUUCAGUUGUCCAACGAAUACAUGAUGGCGGUGGCUGCGCUGCGGCCCCCGGCCUAUGAUCUGGAGGAACCAUUCGUUAACCGCAGUGUACAGACAGUGUAUCGGGACUCUGAAGCGCAGACUGACCCCUAUUCACCGCCUUACACCGUCAAAGUUGGCGACAUACCGGAGGUGCUGUCUAUAUCAACCCUUACCUACGGUCAUGGGCUUCCAGCUGGUCAAAAGGAAGUUGAGAUGAUUGAACGUGCCAGAGAACGCCGGCAACUCGAGGCUAAACUCAUGGAUAACAGUCAACUCACGGGUGCAAAACUCCUGGCUUACCGCAAAAAGAUGCUUGAUGAUGCAGAAAUGCAGGAGUGGGCCCGUCGCGAAAAAGAAAUUGAGGAGUAA